CUGACUUUUGCCCUUUUCGCCCUCUUAACACCAUGGGAGAUGCUGGUGUAGAUGCUGGAGCCGGUGCACUUGGAUGCUGCUUGGUCGCCAUCCAAAGCAUAUUUGCGCCUUUCUGCAACACCAGGGCAUAUGGCUCAGGCGACAGCAGCUGUUGUGGCGGCCCACGGGGAUGUUGCCCCUGUUUUGGGAAGAGCCUCGACAAAGACAGGUUCGACGAGGCCGUGAAGGAACAGGAACAGGCCAAGGACAGCGCCGAGGAUCCCGUCGUACAACAGCUAGCACCGACAGAGGGAAUGACGGUCGCUCCAGACAAACCUGCGUCCUGAGUUGACACUCUUGGAUGCCGAAGUCUAUGCUGUAGUUCUGAUCUAUUAUACCCUAUCUCUAACAUUGUACUGC